AUGGGUCCUGGCGUCGGAGGCGAUGUGCUGGCUGAGUCGAAUCCUGGCCGAUAUGGCUCCCUCUGGCGUUGGUUUGAUGAGAUCUACAUCCUCCUGGAUUUACUGCUCCAGCAGCAGUAUCUGGCCAGGUGCAGUGCCUCUUUUUCUGAAAACUUCUAUGGCUUAAAGAGGAUAGCAAUAGGAGACUGCAAACAAUCGCUGGCCAGUGCUGGCCUGCCAAAGAAGCAGCACUGGAAGUCUCUCCUUUUGCUUGUUCUUGUUCCUUACCUGAAAGGAAAGCUAGAGAAACUGGUGUCCAGUCUGAGGGAAGAGGAUGAGUACUCCAUCCACCCUCCCUCAUCGUCCUGGAAGCGCUUUUACAGAGCCUUUCUAGCUGCCUAUCCAUUUGUAAACAUGGCCUGGGAGGGCUGGUUUCUUAUCCAGCAACUGUGCUAUAUCCUCGGGAAAGCUCAGCAUCAUUCACCCAUGCUGCAGCUGGCUGGCGUUCGCCUGGUGAGACUGACUGCAGAUGAUAUCCAGGCCUUGGAGAAGAAAUCUGCAGUAGCCACCUCGAGUCGGACACACAGCAUUAAGGCACAAGUGCAGUCAGCAAUGAAGAAAGCUUUGGGUGGCAUUGCCUUCUCCCUGUCCACUGGGCUGUCUGUCAGCGUAUUCUUCCUUCAGUUCCUGGAGUGGUGGUACUCCUCGGAAAACCAAGAGACGAUCAAAUCUCUGACAGCGCUCCCUACUCCUCCACCACCAGUACACCUUGACCAUGGGGUGGACUCAGCUCUCUUACCUAAACUGAAGACCAUGUGCCCGCUGUGCCGCAAAAUUCGAGCCAAUGCCACGGUCCUGUCCACGUCUGGCUAUGUAUUUUGCUACCGCUGCGUGUAUAAUUACGUGAAGACUCACCAACGAUGCCCAGUCACAGGCUAUGCCACAGAGCUACAGCACCUUGUCAAACUGUAUUCCCCUGAGAGCUGAAAGGCCGGCUCUGCGCUUUCACAGAGAUGCAUCUGAGACUGAGUGGCAGGGCCACUGGGUAGCAACGAGCCUGAAUUUGCCCUUUCUGAUGUCCCCGAGAAGACCAUCGACCAAUACAACUUGCAAGUGGAUCUCUAAAGCUCCUUUGAGUCCUACAGAUUAGACUUUUGCUGCCUUGGUAAACUUCGAUAAGGCUCGCCCUCUUGUUUUUUAGCCAUUCAAACAUCCCAUGACAAAGCUCCAGAAGGGUAGGACAGUCACGAUCUGUCAGUCAGCAUAGAAACACCUUCAAAGGCAAACUGAAUGGGAGGAGACAUUGAUUUGGAUAAUAAGAAUGCAGAUGUGAGAACCAAAGAGCACUGCUGGCAAAAAUCCUGCUCGAGGGUAUGGCCAGCAAAUUGGAGAGCUACAAAAAUUGUCCAGGCGAGCUAUUCCACCCUUAGCCGCUUCACAGACUCUAGUACUGCCUGGGGCAGGUUCUGGCACUAGCGCUUCUUAAAGAGGUAGAGACAGACUUUGACCUCUUUUCUGACCAUGGUAUUCUUAAGUGCCUCCAUGCAUUUUCAGGCUACUCGCCUCUGAAUUAAUGAUAACAUUACACCUCUAAUUCCCAUCAACAGUUCUAAAUUAAGGCUUUGACUCUUUAAAGGAACAAGAGAUGAUAUGUAUAAUGUGUACAAACACAGAUACAAGACUACCAGGGAGGAAGACAAACUAGAUUAAAGCAGCAAUUGUGAACUGUUUUUUUUUUUUUUUGUUAGAUGUGUCCUCAAAUCUGUUGUUAUCUGCUUUUACAAAGCAAAAUUCUUUCUUGAUUUAGAACCCAUUUGAACUAAAUGAACUGCAUUUGUUUCUUUUCUAAUGUUUGAAAAAAGAAAGUUUGCUCCUCUAGGAUCUUUAUUUGCACAAAGGAGACUAGACUAAAGCUGCUCUUAUCUUUGCAGAUGAUGGUCAUAGAUAAAAGAUUAGUAUUUUGCAGGCUGGAAAGCUGUAAUAUCUGUGUUUGAAUUUAGUAUUACAUUGCUGUUAUUCCAGUCCCAAUCUAGACUGAUCAUGUAGCACAUUGAACAGGGAAUAGAAGGAAAUGUGCAUGAUGUUAUGGGUGGUCCUGGCUUCAGACCACUGACUGAUCAGACACAUGAUUUUUAUUGACAGAAGGUUGAUUUUCUUGACUCAUCUCAAGGGAGCAGCAGUUAUCUGCUCCAGACAUCACGGUGACAUUGCCUAUAGAAUAUGAAGCAGAGUUUGCUGCACAGAGUAUACUGUCUUUCCAGAUUAAGAGAUAUGCUCUAACAUUUAAUCCAUAAAACCAAUGAUCUCAUUUCCCCCCCCACCUUUUUAGCCCUGCUUCAGAAAAAAAAUCAAUAAAAUCGUCCCUCAUCUGUGAGCAAGAUAACGAGUGUAUUGAAUAGGCUGGAAAAAUACAGUAAUUUGCAUUCUCCCAAAGGUGCUCUGGGAAAAAACACACAAACAAACACACACCACACAACUUUUCUAACAAAUGAGAUAAGUCCCCAAUGCUUAUUAUUUCUAUACAACUGCCAGCCCCUUCUAACUCUGCCGCUAUGGGAUAACAACAAAAACUGUCACGUUUUUUCUUACCUCCAGUAGUUCUGGGAUUGAUAGAAAAGAGAUACCUCUCUUCCUUUAGAAAGCUGUUAAGAGUACUUACACACAGCUUAUUGGAAAAGAAAUCACAUUGAAUGCAAGAUUUUCUGAGAUUUUAAAUCACUUUUAAUAUAGCUGGCUUUGGGCUUCAUAUUAACUCACAUCACUUGCUACAUCAGUUUUGCUUCAUACACUGAGAUUAUCAUCUCUAAUGAAAAGCCACUAUCCAAGAUGCUCCACUGUUGCUACAUGGUCUUAAAAUAACCAGUCUGAUUAUACAGACAUGGCACUGACUGUCCCAUUGACUCCAGAGCAACCGCUCAUUUAAUAAGAGCUGCAGGAUUUGACUGACUAUUCAGUUUUAAGAUAGGUUUGUUUUCCUUCGGUCCUUUCUAUACCUUCCAGAUUCUCUCUCUCUUGCUCAGUGAGAAACUGGGCAAGCAGGUAACGAGUGAUCUCAGAGUUAAUAACUAUUUCCCUCUCCAGAGUGGCCACUGGAUGGCCUCCUGUCCGGCUCUGGCUGCCUUCCACUCCAUCUCUCUCCUCCCCCAUGCUGUACAAUGCUGAGUUCCUGCCAAACAGAUUUGGCCGACUCCACCUGGGACCUGCUCAGAACCACCCACAUCUAAGCUUCACAGUUUAGGACAGCUGUAAUUAUUCUUUUGAAUGUUAAAUUGCUCUUUAAAGCCUAUCUGACUAAUAGGCAUUAAGUCCAUAAUGGUGACACACUUGGCAGUUACCGGGCAGAUUUUAUUAGUGUUCCUGCAGGUGGCUGCAGGAUACCAGUUUGGAUCUGACUGCUUUUGCUAACUGGCCUGUGCUUAGUAGCCAAAUACCUGUUACAUUAAGUUGGCUGCUCUAAACAAAGCUACAAAACCAAUGCACAUUACUCAAACAUCCCCUUUUUCUACUUUGUACACUGCAAUAGUACUGUUAAAGCCGUGAUGGUAUCAAGACAUACAAAGAAAGACUUGUUAAGGAAAUAAAUACUCUUUUAUUACACCAGCCUUCACAUUUACAUACAAAUUGGGAGCGCUAUACACUCAUGUAUCAUAUAUACGCUCAGGAAGCUUUGAUCUGUUGCUUAAUACAAUUACUUCAACAUUAACAGUGGCACUGGAGUUACCUAAUACAUCACUGUCAUAACUUGAUUUUUCUAGCGUUUUUUUAAAAAAAUGUUUGAAUGCGGCUUAGCUUCAUUACAACUCGGUCACUGUUCAAAACAUGAGUGCAUUAACAAUUGAGUUGCUUCCCCUACUUCCUUAACGGAAACUGCAUAGCCUCUCUUGUUAAGAGAUAACCACCAUAUCUAUUCUCCUAGCUUGAUAAGAACAAAACCCAACAUAAAACAUACACCUCCCCCAUAGAAGCUUCCCUCUCCACACAAGUGAGAGGUGAAUGUAAAGCUGUCAUCGAGACCUAGAAGAAAAUGAGAACAGGAUUAGAGAAUACCUCCAUAUCUUCUUCUGCACCUGCUUAUUAGCCCAGUCUUUGUGGCUGGUGAAAGGGCUGCACCUUAUCCCACACAACUCCAUGUGUUUCGAUUAGUCCCACCCCUCACUAAAUGCAAACUAUCUAAAGUCAAACAUCCAGGUGAUACUGAUGGCUUUUGGAAAAAACAACCAGAACAAAACCCCCAAAAUUAAAAAUGCCCUCUGCAUCAGCCCACAGAGUCUGGGUGCUUUUGUUUCUAGAUACCUUUCCAGGUUAGGGAGUCACAUGCCAUCACAAGCAGCCAUUUGAAAGCAUAACACUGACUCUAAUACUAAAGAUAUUUGGAGAGUUCAUCAAGGCAAAAGAAUCAAAAUUCAACCUAACUCAUUAUACUAUCUGCAAAUUUUCUUUAGUGAAAUUGUUCCUGUACUUUCCGAGAUACAAAUCACUUCCUAGAGCUAGAGAAUCCAUUUUGUUUCACAGCAUUUAGAUUUUAGAAGUUACGGAAACAUAGCUGUAUAUUGUACUACUCAUGCACAACUAAAAAUCUGAGUCUAUAACACAGCUUAAAGAAAAAAACACCUUACAUACAACAGACAAAUCAUUGUGAAACAGCUGAUGUGAAUCAUGCUGGGCUCUAGCUCACAUAUCGGGCUCUGUGUGACUCCUGCCUAGCCUGGUCCUCCUAGGGCAUAAAGGGAAAGUGUUCCCAGUAACUUUCUCCCAGGAAACCCCAGUGCAUAACAUGUAAUAAAUACCCUCUCCUGUGAAGACUUUUGGGGAGUGCUUGAUUACUGCAUUUUUUCCAAUACCCGAAUUUUAACAUCCUCUGCCCUACCAACAGGGAAGCAGCCACAUUACGCUGCUGCUGCCAGCCCCUCCCAUCUCAUAUCUUGACAUGCAGCCUGAGAGAGAGCAGAGCACCAGAGCCAGGCCCAACAGCACAGCUCACUGCUAAAAAUACUCCUGUCUCAGUGCUCGCAAUCAUUGGAUGAUAAGACAGCUGAACCAAGUGGUCAUGAGGUCUCUACAGGAUAACCUCCAUUUUACAGAGUCCGCACUGUAUUUACAAAUGGAUGAUACAGUGGCAGACCAUCUAGAGUCUGUGUGGGACAUGUUUUACCAUGGGAGGAAAGCCAAGAAACCCCUGUCACAGCAAGCUCAGUGAUAAAACCAAUGUGGCAGCAAGAUACAGAAAUCCAAACAAGUAUUUACACAACUCACUUUUCAAAUCAAUGUUGAACUUUUUUCUGCUGCUGCUGCUGCAAAAAAAUGCUAGAAAAGUAAUCAUAUUUUUCACUACUUUUAAGAGCUGCAUCACACACUUUCAAGAAACAACAGUUUCUUUUCAUCUAAGUCUGAGAUGAACUUAGCCUAAAUAAGCUCAGAGAGAAGAUUACGUGAUCACGCCCUGGUCAGAGCAAAGACACAAAGUCUCAGCAAUACCAGUUCAGAUAAUACUUCACUCAUCAUUGCUUUGGGCGAAUCUCAUUUCUGUUCAAUAAGGACAUUGCUCUCCAGUCAGGAACUAGAAUAUAUUCUUAGGGAGAGGAAAAAAAAAAA